UAGAUGAUGGCCACAAACGUCGUCUCCAAUUCACGCCACAAAUGCAAAACGUCUGCUCGAACCUCCUUCCCAAGAAAUAACGUUUAGACAAAUCUAGCCUGAUAAGUCCAGAUUCAAGCGGCAGUUCUCUUCUUCACUACGUUUCCUUUUAUGCUUCUAUAAAUAGAUUCUCACCAUUGGUAGAAUUAGCCACCUUUCAGUCUUCACUAAGACCACAACUAGAUUCAUCAACAUGGGUAUGGUUUUUGGGAAAAUAAGCGUCGAAACCCCAAAAUUCGAAGUGAUUCAAUCUACUGCAGAUUACGAAAUCCGCAAAUAUGCACCCUCGGUUGUGGCCCAAGUCACAUACGAGCCAUCUCAAUUCAAGGGCAACAAAGAUGGGGGCUUUUCAGUGUUGGCUAAUUACAUUGGAGCCUUAGGCAAUCCGCAGAACACUAAGCCUGAAAAGAUUGCUAUGACAGCUCCAGUCAUUACUAAAUCAGAAAAGAUUGCCAUGACAGCCCCUGUGGUGACAACGGCUGGUGGAGAUGAGACGAAGAUGGUGACCAUGCAGUUUAUUUUGCCGGACAAGUAUACGAAGGCAGAGGAGGCGCCGCAGCCAGUGGAUGAGAGGGUGGUGAUAAGGGAGGAGGGGGAGAGAAAGUAUGCGGUGGUGAGGUUUGGAGGAGUGGCAACAGAUGAGGUUGUGGAAGAGAAAGUGGAUAAGCUGAAGAAGAGUUUGGAGAGAGAUGGGUUUAAAAUCACUGGGGAGUUCUUGCUGGCUAGGUAUAAUCCACCUUGGACUUUGCCCUCUUUCAGGACUAAUGAGGUUAUGAUUCCAGUUGAAUGAACAAUUUGCAGAGGAGCUAGGCUUUUAAUAUUUGUU